GGAAGUGCGGUGUUUGUACACAGAGUUGGCGGUAAAGAUGGAUGGAGAAAGUCUCACGAAAGAGGAAUUCAGGGUGCAGGUGGCGUCUAAGAAGCAGGUAACGGAGCAGAUCGACAAAUAUAAAGAGAUUUUGAAGACAGCUCUGGACGGACAGCCGGAAGUUCCGGAAGAGACGAAGCGACAGCUGGUGGGGGAGCUGCUGGCGAACUUCGAAGCUGCUGUUCAAGUCAACGUGUUGGUGAACGGGCUUCCCUGGGAGGAGGCGCCUGAUGCUGAGUCGGAGGACGAGGCCGUCGAUCUGGAAACCCUCCUGGACGAUGCCAUUGUUGAGACCACCAGGAGGCGCCGUACCUUCCCGAAACGGAUCCUGCCACACGUGGUUCACGCGCUCAAGGCCGAACGGAAAGUCAUGGAGCUUUAUGAGCAAACUGUCAAACCUCAGGAGGUGAUCAGAGAUCCAGAUCAAGAAAGCAUCAUGAAGGAGCUGUCAGCCGCCGCUCCGGCCAUGGUCAAACAGGCCAUUCAAGUCAUCAAGUCCAUCGGCACCCUGCAGAAACAGGCCCGGGGCCUCUGUGAGGUCCUCAGCAUGAGGCCCAGCCCGGCCUCGCUGGAGGUCCACAGAGAGGUGUUCGGCUGCGGCGGCCCGCCGGCGCCGGCGCCCGCCGCCCAGCAGCCAAUCAGGAGAGCCGUGAAGAGGGCGGCGGCGGCCGAGGGCUACGAGCCGCUCCGGCCCGGAGGGGAGGACGGCCCGGAGUGAGGCGGCAGGCGGGAAACCACAAGAGGGCGCCGUUCGCCAAGAUAUUCAGUUUUCCACAUUUCGAACAAGACUGCUCUCAGUUGAUUUCUUCUGCUGGAUCUUCAUGAGAAUCUCCUGCCAGAAAUGUUGGAUUCUUAUCUGCUUCCACAUGUAAGCAAAGCGUUUUUCUCUGCUGUAUAACAGUCUAAAGUUGUGGUUAUGAAGCUUUCAGACCGAAUCCUGUCUGCAGGUUGAAUAAAGGCGGA